CGAAAAAAGGUGAGAAGAUUUUAAAGUGAAGGAGGGACUGGAAAAGAGUUAUGUACCUAGUUGACCCUUUCCCUCGCACGUAUACUCUGGCAACCGCAGCUCCGGCAAUGGCCAAGCUACAAGCCACAGCGGAUACUAAUAGCAUUGAAGACAUUGACAGAGUAAACUUCCAUCAAACUCAAAGGCGCUGUCCUUAUUCCCUUUUGGACACUUCUGAAAGCUCAAGCGCUGACAUCAAAGAAGAAGACGAGUUGAAGAGACUUUUAAUACCGAGGAUAGAAGACCUUCCAUCCGCUCCUCCAUCUGCGGUUGACUCCAACUUCGUCACCUAUUAUGCUCCCGAUUUUAUGAAACCUGGACACGAUCAGUAUGUCCGGCGUCAUGCUAAUGGGUUGUGCGUGAUUGGUAUAGCUUCAACUCAUGUUGCCUUCAAGGAUGAAGGUGGGAUUACUGCUGUCGACUUUAAUGUGGGGAAAUCUGAUCGCAGUGGAAUCAAAGUCACUGGAAAGCGAAAGAAGAAUGCGCAGCAUUUUGAGUCAAAUUCAGCAUUGUGUAAAGUGUCCACAAAGGAUAAUUCUUAUGUCGUGAGAUGUUGUGUGAAAGGCUCUCUAUUGGAAGUCAAUGAAAGACUGAUUGAACACCCAGAAUUGCUUAUAUCAUCAGCUGAAAGGGAGGGAUACAUUGGUAUCAUAAUGCCAAAGCCAGCAGAGUGGCCGACGACCAAAGCUUCAUUGCUGCUGCUGGGACAACAAUAAUAAUAAGAUCGCUCUAAGUUGAGAUUACAAUAACUUGCUCUCGCAGACACUUUAUUAUCUUUGUAGAGAGCAACAUGGAGCAGAUUUUCUGGAAACGCUACUUGGUCAAGUUAAGUUAAUUUGUGAAGCAUCUGUUAUACAUUUCAACCAAUUUCGUCGUUGUCUAGGUCUUGAUUUAUUCGGGAAAGCUGGUGUAUCAAUUGAAUAACUUUGGGGAUACAAUACAAUAUUAUACCAAAAAAGGAUUGGGUGUCCAAUGCAUUGUUGUAAAAAUCUCCUCGGGCCGCCUGGGAUUUUUUGUGUUUAGGAUCGUAAACACUGUUUAGGCAUUUUAACCCUCCCAGUCUGUGGCCUAAUGUGCCUUCCUUCUUUUUUCAUCAUUUAGUCUUUUAAUGAGUUAUAAAUUGAUAGAAAAAGGGUAGUAUGGUGCACGAAGGCAUUUCCGCAAGGCAAGCGACCUGGGAAGAGCCCUCACCACAAGGUGUAUUAGUUUAUAAGGGGCAAACUUUCCUAUGUAAAAUUUUGACAAGAGAGUGCUCUCAAGAUUUGAACUCGUGACCUCUCGGAGUCUCGGCCACACAGCAAGACCUUCAUCGGUGCUUGAUAAGUUUUAAAUUGUUACUUACAAAAUAUAUAUGGAAGUGUUUCUUUCCAAAAUACCUAUGAAGUGUUUAAUUUGACUUCUUGAUGUUGUAGUUCUGAUCGGCAUAUUUAUUCUUUAUCAUCCUGUUUAUUAGUCAUCUUAUCCUAUGAAUAGCCUGAUUCAGGAAGUGUUGAUUUGAAACAUGUUUUCUGGUUUUGAACCUGUGUUUUCAAAACGUGUUUAUUUUUUCUGUUUGAA